UCUCCAAUGACGCGAUUAGCACUCUUGCGGAAGCUCCUCACAAUUUUCAAUUUCCAAGCCCGGAAGCAAGUGAGCAACAGAAACAACUCAAAAGAUGUGCCAAGAAAAAAACAAUACUCUCAACAGAGCCAUCCAAAUGGACUCCACCACCAUGAGGAAGACAAAUGGUAUCCUGAAGAUCCAGACCCAAGAAGAUUCCCUUGCUGCCACAAGUCCUGUGAGAAAGCAAUCAAGGCACGUUUCCUUUGGCGAUACCCAGAUUCACACCUUCCCCCGAAUAUUGGACACAAUCCGUGAAGGCCCUGCUCUGACCAUUGGAUGGGAGCCAGUCUCAUCAAAAGUUCUGACCUUUCAAGAAUUCUAUUUGGUAUAUCGAAGCAUCAAUGGCAAGCCUCGGCCAUUAAUUGCGGAUGACCGCAUUGUCAUUCUCCUUGAUGCUGGGUGCGAGAAGGAGGAACUUUUGCAGCACUUUCUACCUGCAUCAGUCAAGGAACAGCAACAGCAACAGCAACAGCAACAGCAGCAAGAGCAAUCCAAGCCGCCACCGUCCAAGACUAUGUAUGGAAAAGUUCGAAAGGCAGCCCUGAAACUGACGGGUAUCAAAAAUGUCAAAGUCUCGCGUAACUAACUUUCAGUGCCUCCAAAGAAUGCAGCCUCCAGAAUCAUCUUCCAUCCAUCCAUCCAUCCAUCCAUGCUUCCCUAUGCUACACACUAUGUACACCUUGUGCUUGAAUAAUAUACUAGCUAGACUUUCAUUUUCAA